AUGGCAAACUUCAAGGGCCAUGCUGUCCCAGGGAGUUUCUUCUUGAUAGUUGGACUUUGGUGGUCUGUGAAAUACCCACUUAAGUACUUUCACCAAAAGGGGAAGAACCACCAACUGAACCACAAUUAUCCACGUCUUGAGAUAAUUGAAGCAGCAGUCAGGACUUUGUUUUCAGUCAUUGGGUUCCUAGCAGAGCAGUUUGUUCCAGAUGGGCCCCACUUCCACCUCUACUCUGAAGACCAAUGGAUAAAGAUGAUGAACUGGCAACACAGCACCAUGUAUCUGUUCUUUGCAGCCUCAGGAAUCACUGAUAUGCUCACCUAUCUCAUCACCCAUAUUCCGUUGGGGCUGGACAGAUUGGUUAUGGCUGUGGCAACAUUCACUGAAGGUUUUCUUUUCUACUACCAUGUUCAUAACCGACCACUACUGGACCAACAUAUCCACUCACUCCUGCUGUUUGCUGUGUUUGCUGGGGCCCUCAGUCUCUUCCUAGAGGUGAUCAUUCGGGACAAUAUCCUGCUGGAACUUUUCCGAACCAGUCUCACUAUUCUUCAGGGCACCUGGUUCUGGCAGAUUGGGUUUGUGCUGUUUCCACCUUUUGGAACACCUGAAUGGGACCAGAAAGAUCAUGAAAACAUCAUGUUCAUCACCAUGUGCUUCUGUUGGCACUACUUGGUUGCUCUCUGCAUUGUGGUCAUCAACUACUCUUUCGUUUACUGCCUUUUGACUCGGCUGAAGAGACACAGAGAUGGAGAAAUCAUUGGAAUCCAGAAGCUGAAGUCGGGCAACACUUACCACACUGCCCUUCUGAAUGGCUCAGAUGAGGAAUGA